AUGAGUGAGGAUAUCAUAAGUUGGACUAAUUAGGGGACUGCAUUUAUAGUAUAUAAUUAAGAUUUGUUGGAAAAAAAUGUUUUAUAAAAUUAUUUUAAACAUAGUAAUUAUUCUAGUUUUGUCAGAUAACUAAAUCUCUAUAAUUUUAAAAAGGUUAAGUCUAAUGAAGGAUUCAUUUUUAGGAAUAAUUUUUUUAGAAAAGGAACUAAAUCGAUGCUAUAAUUAAUCAAAAAGAGAAACUAAGAAGAUUCAGCAAUUCAAUUUGCAGUCUAAGGAGAGCAUGCAUCUCGCUAAAAAUAGGAAUAAAAUCUAUUUAAAGAAUGUGCUAUAGAUAUAAAAUAAACUAAUACUAAUUUAAAGGAAGAUAUGAAAUUGUUACAAGAAACAUCAUCGUGUCUUAUAGAUUAAAUGUAAAAUUUAAAUUAUGUUAUUUAUAAUUAAAAUGUAGAUAUUGAAUUAAAAUUUAAGUAGGUCGGGCAGAUGUUAUAAGCUAUUAAUGAAGAGUUAAAAUCUGAGAAAUAAAGUGAUUCAUAGACUCUAAACUAGUCAUUGGUGAGGAAGGAAGAUUGCUAUUAAGAUUCUAAGGUUGGUUCUCCUAAUCCAUAUGUUGAUUAUAACAGUACAGCUUUGAACCCUUUGGAUUACGAAUGUUUUCUUGACUCGUUCUUCUGA